GUAGUUAUUCAACCAAGAUGGCGGCGUUCGGACGACGUGUCGCAAAGUUGUGUCUAACAAUUUUACUUUUAAGUACAUUUGUGUGUUCUCAUGGACAAAAAAUAGAUGACAGUCUGAGCAACGAUGGAAAUGUCCACCGGGAAAAAAGAGCUGCAGUAGAUAAUAAUUUUGGUGGCAAUCGAAAACCGUAUAGCAACAGUAACUUUGACGGGAAAAUAAAUCCGAAAUUCCCUCAAAGAAAUAAUGGCGUUGGCAACAACCCACAAAACAACGAAGUGCCAUACGUGAAUAAACAACAACAACAAGUGAAUCAGAAGCUCGGGGAUGCCGUGCCAAGAAAUUCAAACUUUCAAUUAAAUCCAAAACGUGGAAAUGUGGACCAAAUGCACAAACCGACACGUAAAGGAUACCAGAUCAAAAUAUCAGAUUCAGAAGAGUGUGGAACAGAAGUCCGGAAAUAUUGUAGUCAGAACUUAUGGGACAAGAACUUCAUGGUUCUUGAUUGUUUGCAGAAUGAUCUUAAGAUGGACACAGAAUUGAGCAAGCCAUGCCAGCAUUUCCUGUGGAUGUACAAGCGGAAUUUGACGAAGGAUGAACGGUUUGAGCAUGCUUCACAAGAUGUUUGCAAGUCGGAACUGCAGACUAUCAAGGAGUGUAGCGGCUUACAGAGAGGCAAGGGAACCAUUAUCUCCUGUCUGAUUGAAAACUUUGAUAACGUAACCUCAUCAUCUUGUCGCCAGUUCCUGAACAAAAUGGCUACCAUUGUGUUCAGCGACUAUAGGCUCAUCUACCACUUUGCCGAGGAUUGUUAUGAUGAUAUCAGCAAGACUCGAUGUGGCCGAAGUGAAGGUGAUGAAGAUGAAGCUCUUCACACUCAGGGACGUACAUUGUCCUGUCUGGCUGAGAAGAUGACCAACCUGUCUGGCAAGUGUAAGGUCCAGGUAUUGAGAACAUAUGAACUUCAGUCAGACGACUACCACCUCGACCGACCUCUCUACUAUGCCUGUAGAGAAGACAGGGAGCAUCUGUGUCCUACUGUAACUGCUGGAGGGGGCAAAGUGUUCAACUGUCUGUACAAGCAUGUUGCCGAUAAAUCCAUGAGCCAUGAGUGUCGUGAGAAGAUCGAGCUUAGGCAGAAACUGAUUUCCCAGGAUGUGAAAAUGGACAAGAGCUUUUACAAGGCAUGCAAGAAUGACAUUGAAAAGAAUGACUGCUUGGCUGGAUCGAGUACACAUGGGGACACCAAACGUGCUUCGGUGCUGCUUUGUCUAGAAAAUGCAGCCAAAACAGGUAAAAAGCUGAAGGGCAAGUGUGUGGCCCAGAUGGAGGAUGUGCGGAAGAUGCUGAUGGAGGACUACAGGCUGUCCCCCGUCCUUGUUGCCAGGUGUGGCGAUGAGAUCAAGGCCUACUGCAAUGACAAGGACAUCGGAGGAGAAACUCUCCACUGUCUUAUGGCUUUGGCUAAAGAAGUCACAGAUAAGCCCAAGAUCACACCAGCUUGCACAAGAGAGCUUGAAGACCUGCUGCGAGAGGCAGAUGUGGGUUCUGACAUCAAGAUAGAUGGUGCUCUACAGCGAGCUUGUCAGUCAGUGGUUGACAAACUCUGCGAUGAUGUCCAACCAGGAGAUGGGGGUGUCAUCAACUGUUUGAUGGAGAAUAUUGACAGUGACGAUAUGACUGAUGUCUGUGAAGAAAGGCUGCUGGAGAUACAGUUCUUUAUUGUGAGAGACUUCAGACUAGAUACCCAUUUGUACAAAUCGUGUAGGACAGAUGCAAAGACAAUAUGUAAAGCUGGGGAUGACUGGUUCGACCCUCAUUCCAAGCUACCAGCUAAAGACCCUUUUAUUCUGCCAUGCCUCCAUCAAUCGCAGCCAUCAGAACCAAAUUCUGAUUCCAAUCUACUUGAUAAUCAGAUGUUCAGGAGAUGCCGUCAGUUCGCAAAGGAUCUCUGUAAAACGACUGGUAACUGGCAUGAACAAUCACCCGAGGAGGCUGGUAAAGUUCUUGCCUGUCUGUAUCAACACUUCCGGAAACCUAAACAGGAUGAGAAGAAGGUGUCGCGGGCAUGUAAGCAGGAGAUCAAGAGGGUGAUGAAGUCCUAUGCCCUCAGCGUGGAGCUCAAUCCACAGGUGCAGGCCAAGUGCCUGUCUGACCUUGGCAGCCACUGCUCCAGCAACAAGGAGGACACCGCUGUAGGCGCGGAGAUGGAGUGCCUGCAGAACAACUAUGACGACCUGACUGACGACUGCCAGCAGGUGAUCGGGGAACUGAUGGAGGAAGAGGACAAGGAUAUCGAGCUGGACCACAUCCUCAUGAAGGCCUGUACCCCCAUGAUCAAGCGGUUCUGUAACGAGCUGCUGGAUAGUGAUGCUGAUCCCGGGGAUGUGCUGGAGUGUCUCAUCGAGCACAAGAACAACCAUGAGAUGGACUCCAAGUGUGCUGCUGGAGUGGAACAUCACCAGCUGAUAACACAGAAGGACUUCAAGUUCAAUCACAAAUUCAAGGAGGCUUGUCAAAAAGCUGUAUCGAAGUACUGCAACUACAAGAAAACAAAGUCAGAUGUUGUGGUGUGUCUCAGCGAACAUGUUCGGAAUGACACCUUGUUGGAUAAGGAUCACAGAAUUGAGAAGCAGUGUCGCCACCAGCUUCGACUUCAGAUCCUGCAGAGGGUGAGCCCACGCUAUUUGUUGCAGGUCAUGGAAUGUCUGAAGAAAAAACAGUCCCGCUUGAGCCCACCUUGUCACAGACUACUUUUCAAGAGAGAAAAAGAUGAGUUUGCUAUCGCUGACUAUGGGCUGCUGUCUGCAUGCAAGAGGAUGAUCAAGGAUUACUGUGAUCCUGAUGAUGAUCAGCCACAAAUCCUUCGCUGUCUGAAAAAAAAGAAUAACCCUGACUUUGAUGCCAAGUGCAGAUCGGUAGUGACGAGAGAAAUCAUGCAGAGUAAAGACUAUCGGCUGAAUCCCUCCCUGAGGAAGGCGUGUCACCUGGACAUUGGCAAGUUCUGUGCGGGUGUGGUGGAUCAGCACAAACAGGAUGUGGAACUUGAAGGUCUUGUCAUCAGCUGCCUCAAGAAGCAAUACGCUGCCAAGCGACUGUCCCGGGAAUGUGAUAUGGAGAUUACCGAGAUCAUCCAGCAGGCGGCAGGAGAUAUCCGCGAGGCUCCCGUCCUGGAGAAGGCAUGCAUGAGUGAGAUAAGGGUGCACUGCAAAGAUAAGAUGAUGGAAGCUGAUGGCAAGGACAAUGAUGAGAUCAAAGAAGCUGGGAAAGGACAAGUCGAGGAAUGUCUCAAAGAAAAGUUCCGUCAACGGAAGCUGACAAACAAGAAUUGUAUCAAGGAAGUGUCCUACUUAAUUCAAGAAGAGGAGAUUGAUGUCAACGUAGACCCCGUUCUGAAGAUUGGUUGUCAGAAGGAGCUGAAUAGACUCUGUCGGGGUGUGCGUGCUGGAGAGGGCAGAAUGAUGUCCUGUCUGCUGUCUGUGCUGGAAGAAGACCCCAAGUCUAUGUCAGACAAGUGUCGGACCAUGCUGCACAACAGGAAGGAGAUGUGGGAAUAUGCUGCUCAGGUUGCACCUAUUGAAGGAUUCCAAGAAAUUUACACCCAAAUUUCCGAGUCCCCAGCUAAAUUCUAUAUUCUGGGAGUUUUGACAGCAGUUGUGUGUAUGAUCUUUGUGUUUGGAAUUGGAUGUGGACGAGUCACCAAGCGAGUUCGAGCCGAGAUGAAGAACAAAUAAAAUCAAGUGUACAUGUGAAAAUAACAUUUAACCCUGUCACUGACGACAAGAUCAAGUCACUUGGUCAAGCUUUGUCAUUGACAGGGUUAAUAGGAGCGAGGGAAGGGUGACCCUCAGUUAUAAGUUCUCUGUGAUUAAUUGAGUUUUAGAUUCACUUGUACUUUUCAUCCUUUCAUUGAUAGAUACAAACACUUUCACUGGCUGCGAGAUUGUCAGUGAAAGGGUUAAAGGAUCAAAUCCCAUAUCUUAAAUCAUCUCUCAGUAAAAGAGUUCAACACAUCAUGAUAUGCAUCGCAGUAUUUUAACACAUAUAGACAGGCUUAAUUAGCAAGCAGUUGUUCUGUCACAAUGCAAAGUUGAUUUGAACUCAUUUUGAUAUCAUCAGUAUUCAUUUCCAAUCAAAGAAAUGGAUAUAGUGAUGGUUGAUUUUUAUCCCUACUAUUUGGUUCUUCCUGUAUUUUUGUUCAUAAAAUCAUCUCCAUUGAACAAUUAACAACAGGUUCAGUUUAACAUCUGCCAGUAUUAACCUCAAUUGAAAUGGAAACAGCAUCCACUUCCUCAUGUUUGACAUACCUCCCAAGAUAACAACUUGUUGUUCAGGUUUUAGUCACCUAUUUUUGAAUUUCAAUUAUAAAAUGCACUUUUUUGUAGUUCGAAACUUGCACUUGACAGUCUCAUUAAAAAUGGAUGGAUUAGAGAGCUGAAAUUCUGAGCAGCUGUUCAGUUUCUGUAUCUGAGAAAUAUGCAUGAAAGGGCAGUUCUGAAUGAAAGCCACACAACUAUAAAAAAAUUGGAUAUUUUGACACUGUCUUGAUCUGAAAGAAUAUUUCUAAUUUUAAUGAGACUGCCUGUGUCCUCUAGUUUACCAGAGCUUGCAUAAUCAUAACACUCCCGGCCUGUCAGUUCUCUGAAAACAUUCCGACGCAGUACACCUUUCAGAGCUGACAGCCGGCCCACCCAACAGCGACUACACAACCUGUUCCCCCAUCAUAGCUGCCAACUGUCACUUAGUUUAGUUGAAAGUCUGUAAUGACUAUGAUUUGCCAAAGUACUAAUGAAAAUGAUAAGGACUAUGUUCACAUGGUAAACAUUUACCUGCUGCAAAUGUGUCAUCUUUUUCUCCCAACACUCUGAUGUAGGCUAGCAGUAAUUAUCAACUUAUUACUUUUUCCAUACAGGUUGUAAUAAUACUAAGUUGCCAGUUGGCAGAUAGGCUCUUCGGUUCCACAUGUGGUAGAUUUACGUUGUUAAAUUCUCCAUGCAAACAUAGACAUGAAUUGGUGAAUCCUCAAUUUGUGGCUUAGAUAUGAAAUCAUGUUCGUGGUUGUAAUUAUUUUUUUAUUGUAUUUGUUUUGGUUUGUUUUAGGAGAUUAGGAGUGUUGGUAAAACAUCUUGCUCAAUCUAGCCUAGAUGAAACAUGCUCCCGAAGCCUAGAAGCUAAUGGUAGUAAAAUCCGGACAAUUGUUUCAAAAUUUAGUAUGGGUGUUUUAUUAAAAUAUGUUAUUUUUACACAUUUCCCCCUUUUUUUUGGUACUGUUGUUUUUUAUUAGGAAUAUGUUUCUAGACGAUCGUGGUUAUUGUGGGGCUUCACUUGUUGAUAUGCACAGCACAUAACGGCAACAUUCUGUACCUGAAUAUCAGGUCCAUUGCUACAAGUUCAGUGGUAAGUUCCUUCAGGCGGGCUAGACUUGGUUUGAAUCCCGAUUCACCCUGAUUAUGUUUCUAAGUUUGUCAACACAGUACACCAAAGUGGUAAACAAUGAUCAACAUCAAAAUGGUUACUCUUCAAACCCAGCUCCCUCACUUAAAGGCAUUUCCUUUUUAUGGUGACUGUUUGCAUCUUCCUACUUGUUUACUUAGGGGUAGCCUUGUGGUUAAAGCAUUUGCUCGUCACGUCGAAGACCCAGGUUCGAUUCCUCUUAUGGGUACAAUUUGUGAAGCCCAUUUCUGGUGUCCCCCGCCAUAUUGCUAACAGCGGGGUAAAACCAAACUCACUCGUUUUUCUUAAGGAAACCUAAGGAUCCUUUUCUUCGCAUAUUUGGAAAGAUAUUCAUUGCUUUGAUUCACAUUGUCACAUAUAUUUGCUUGCUUUUUCAUCACAAGCAAUACACACAACAUUGGAAGGCACAUAUUUGUUUUUGUUUGAUAAAAUGUUAUUUAUUGUCAGCAGAUUCUACUUAGAUUGAUGUUUUGUAUGAUCGGUAAACAAGCAGGUGUCAUUUACAGAACAAACCACAGUCCAUCUCAGUGAAUCGACAAACAAAACUAAUGGUGCAUUUGUUGGCGUCAGUCUUAUCCUGGUUUCUGCCUAAUUUUGGUUCUUGACUUUGUGUAAUGGUACCCCUUGUUACUGAUGGUGAAACCAGUGUAGCAUAUAUCGGUAACCCAAUCAUUGUACUGUUAAGCUUAUGUGUUGAUGGUCUUGCCUAGUGCCUUGCAUGCUUGCCCCUAUGAAAUGGAAUGAAUAUUAAGUUAAUCAUGCAAGAUCACCUUGCUAUUCUGGCCCUCAAUAAUCUGGACACCUGUUUUUAUACGAAGGGUAUACUCAAGAAAUCUGUCGAUUUCUUUGAAAACAGCAUUUUUUGCAUUAACAAGGGUUUUUUUUGUAGGUUGAUGGUUGCUUGCCCAUGUCCCAUGUUAAAAUAUAAAUUAUAUUACGAUGUAUCUUUAAUGAAUUUAAUUACUUGAAAUUGUUCACACUGAAAAGAAAUUUUGGGAGUUGCAUGAGCAGGUAAUAGCGUUCUGAAGGUUGCUUAGCGCUGUCCCAUAGCCGAUGCAGUUGUUGUUUGUGUUUGUUAAGCGUGAGAACAAAGCUCUCACAUGUGAGAUUAGAGCAAAAUUUCAAAUUUUUUCAUGUUGAUCAGGAACAAACAAAAUUGAGAUUAUUUUGUAGGUUUUCUGUUUCAUUGGUGUCAGCUGUCUGUAAAUACUCACGUGUGACCACAUUGGUCAUUGGGCUGAAAAAAAUUAUCAAAAAUAUAUGUAUAUAUAUUAUUGGAAAGUAUUCAUCAUGAUGGGUCUGACUAAAAUAUUUGUUCAUUUGUCUUAGAAAGGGAUAAAUGAUACAUAUGGGCAUAUGGAACCAAUAUAUUCCAAACUAAUUUGUUUAAACAGCAUCAUUGAUACUGAAACUUGGAAUCCUUACAAAGCGUUGGUCAUGUGUUUUUGUAGAUAUAUCACACACAAGCUGACUGCAAUGUGGUACAGUGAAACAAGACUGAUUUUUGGUUCUGAUUUUCGAUAGGCCAUUUUGGUAGUCGCUACUGUACAUGGCUUAAUGUUAUUAUUGUUUGUGAUAAUUUACUGAAUUUGAAGCAAUAGAAUUUGACAUAUUUGGUCAUUUCAGUAUCAGUAUUGUUGGUUGUGUCAAAAAGACUUGUUUCCUUGCAUAAUAGAGUUGUUGUGCUUGACUUGUCCCGAAAACACUUACCCUGUUGCCGAGAUUGUGUGGUUGUUGGACUCUUGUUAUCAUGUUCCAAGUUUGUUGAACCUUGAACAUACCAGAUCACCUAAACUUUUUUCCAUUGGCUUUCUGGUGAUUUACACAUAGCAUUGUUGCUGGAAAGUUCAGCAUUGACCUCUUAGAAUCAGCCAUAUGAUCAUGUAACUAGGGUACGAAAGAAAACAUACCUAUGUACUUUGUGGUUUAUUGUUUGACAUGUUAGUGUGAGAAUACUCUGUAAGAAAGGGAAACAAAACUACUUUGGAUGAGAGUGACAAGUUUGCUGUUUGAACAAAAUGCUUGUUCUACGGUGCUGUCCAUUUUAUUCAGAAUAGGAAAUGAAUUAAGUAUGUUGAAAUUUCUGUAAAAACAACUUUUCACAAAUGGAAAAUAGUUUUCCCCAUCGGUUAGUGGUUGAGAGGAUGAACGUCACAUGUACAUGGAAACUGCACCAGUAACAUCUCCAAUUAAGACUGCCACAAAUACCAAAGAUGCAUCAUAAUUUCAGGAGAACUAAUCAUGAACUAAUCUUCAAAGCUAUUUUGAUCAGUGCUGUUUUCAAGGAAUGUAAUGCAUGUGGUAUUUUGUUAGAUGUACAUAGUUAUAACAUGUUUAUUUACUUGUAGCUCUGUGUGAAAGUGUAGCUAGGACCAUGGGAAUUUGAAGUUUGGAUUUUAAGGAUGGCAAAUCUAAUAAUUUUACCAAAACUUCAGGUAUCCGUGCUAGGACUGUAGGAUGUUGUCAUCUGUAGGUUACUUUUGGGCUUGAAAUAUAUGAAAUAUGUAAAAAGCUUGACAGCUGUACAUUUGCUUCCUCCAUGUUCCUUAACCCGUGUUCUGCUGACUUCACAUCUAGCCCAUCAGCUUGUCACUGUUCAUCCCAGACACCAUGUUGGGUUGUAGAUGCACCAGGGAAGCUUCUGGUUGUAAAUAUAUACAUACAUACCCUCAGCUUUCACAGCACUUAUCUACUUGAGUUACACAUGUUAAGGUUUGGUAAAGUUUAAUUUGUACAGUCAUGUAACCAACAAUUGUAUUGUCAGGGCAGAUUGCUGGUGUUUCCUAAUGUCUGGAGUCGGAAAAAUUAAAUCAAGGUCCCUUUUUUUUUGAAAUCUUAAGAAUUGAACCAGUAGCAGAAAAGAGAUGAGGUGAUUGCAUCUUCAGGCCUCUGCAAGUUCAUAUUCAGACUCCCCGGCACCCACAAUGGACAAUACCAGGUGUUAGGGAUAGUCACUUUUACCACAGGGGGUUGUGGUAAGGACUCACAUAUUUUUCUACUUGUUCGUCAUAUGCUUGUUGUAACAGGGGUGUGUUGGAUGUAAGGAUUUCUAUAAUAAAGUUACUUCAACCACA